AAUAAUUCCAUCCAUUUCACUGAUGAAAAAAGGCUGUUUAUUAAACAGCUAUGGAUCUAACGAAAUACUGUGCAGAUAGCUCAUUCAUACUUAACAAACCGUACUGCGAAAGUUUGUUGAAUACUUUUCGAAGUAAUCAGAUAACAACUCCCGAGUUACUGUUAUCCUCAAUCUCAACUGUUGCGAGGAAGCUCAACCGAACCGAAAGUGAGAUAUCUGCAUUUAUUGACAAAUUUGAAGCCGAAACUUGUGAUCGAGUAGUGAAAUCACUUCAUAAACCAAUACCAUUUUUGACUCAGAAAAAUGACCAACCUCCUGCGGCUGAACCGAAUCUAUUUUCGGUUGGAGAUGAAUCUAUAGAUAAUAUUUUGAAUGGAGGAAUACCCACUGGCUACUUGAUUGAACUAUCUGGGAAGUCUGCAAGCGGAAAAACCAAUUUCUUACUAACUUUGAGUGUAACUAUCCAAUUACCUUUGGAAUUUGGUGGACUAGGUCCUUCUAUAUUUUCAACGGAAAGCACGAGCCAUGUUGGCGUCAAAACAAUGUACAUUCCUACUGAGUCACCUCUAGCAACUCAAAGAUUGAAGCAAAUUAUUGACAGUUUUACUGAAUUACUGGAAACUAAUGGUAUUUCUUUCGAAAACCAAAUGUUCUUUCCCAAAUUGGAUAAUGUUCUCACAACAUCAAACGUUAUGACUAAUUUAGAAGAGCAGGAUCAUAUUCUGAGGUACCAGCUGCCAGUAAUGCUAGAAAGAGACCCAUCCAUAAAGCUACUUAUUAUAGAUUCCUUAACUCAUCAUAUGCGAGCUCAGUUAACAUGGUCCGAACAGAGAAGUUAUGUACAAUCGCUUUGCACCUAUUUGAAAGGUUUGGCAAAACAUUACAACAUAUCAAUCAUGGUGGCUAAUCAAGUCACAGAUAAGCCAGUGAGAGGUUUAUACUCGGGUGAUAAUGAUGUACUUUGGAAACUCAAUACAGAGUACCAGCUAGGAUGGAUGAAUGGCUGGGAUGAUAUCGGUAUUAUGUAUCGGCAGUUGAUGAGGAGAGAAGGAGUGAUUGAUGAAGCAGGCAAAAGUUUUGAAAGGCUAGAUUACUUAAAUGAUAUUCAAACUUGUGGCCAUUCUAAUUUAUCACAGAGAGAAGGUGAUAGUUACAGCUCGGAUUCUCACUACGACAGCAAAAGCCAGAGUACAAUGAAAAACGAUCUUCAAAAUAUUCUGAAGUCUGAACAAAAGAGACUUUUUGAUAGUAAUUAUAAGGUCAAAGUCAGUGGAAUAGGCACGCGACCCGCUCUUGGAUUGGCUUUACUGGACUACAUUGAUAUGAGAAUAGUGUUGAGUAAAGAGUAUGUGCCUAUAUUUGAUGAAAAACUAAUCGACGAGUUCAGUGUGGAACUAGGAAUUGACACCAGCAACCUUGAAGACUCUUUUCUCUGUUCCACUUGA